GAGCGAUCUACUCAGUCCGUUUCGCAACCGCGACCGUCUCAGACGACGUAGCCAUCUUCUACCCUGCCUUCGACAGUCAUGGAUUCGUCGAGCUCGCCCGACAUCGAGUCCACCCCGCCACCCGCAGUCAGCAGUCUCCGGUCCCGUUUCGAGCAGCUCGCUGCGGGCAGCAGCGCUGCACCAGGGCAUAAACGACCUCUCAGCAGUCAUGGGCUGCUUACGCCUGAACCGUCUAGCCCGCGUCCGCGCGCAGCAUCGGGAACAGACGAGCUCAGACCGGACGCUCGCCUGCUUCGCCCAACCUCGUCCUCCUCAGACCUCAAAACGGGCACGAAGAGGCCUCCACCACCACCUCCAGGCCGCUCCUCCAGGGCACCCUCUCCUGCGCCUCUGGUGUCGAGUCCCUUGCUGCGCCCGACGCUGGCAGCUGAACCGCCGUCCUCGCCUCUGGUUCACGACGCUACGCUUCCGAGUUCGCGUUCUGUCUCCCCGAACAAGACGGCUUCGUUAUCGCGCAAACCGCCUCCCCCACCGCCGCCCCAUGUCCGCGAGCCUCCCUCUGAAGCGACCCCCGCGGAGCGGACAUGGGGCAUACUAUUCCGAGGGAUGUGGUCCUGCGGCAAGUCCAUCUCUGGGAAGCUUCUCUGCGGUACGGGCGGUGUGGGUGCUCACGCAAGAUGAUGGGAAUCCUUACAUCGACCCCUUCUAACCCGGGCAGGUCCUGAAGUCUAGUUGUUAGCCUGACACCGUACAACAACACAUCUUCGUGCAGACGCUGACAUAUCGUUUUCAGGGCUCCGCCGCCACCAAUACCUCUUUCCGCCAAGCCCUUACCAGCACAUAGCCGCGUCCUCUCCCAGUCUGUGACGUCUCUUUCAAUUCCCUCAUGUCCCCAACCGACCGAAGACGAACGCGCUCGCAAACCCCGCCAUUCGUACCCCGCCCCGAACCACCAUGCUUCUGCGAGUGUGUCGUCCUUCGAAAGCACGUCUUCAAGUUCCUCUACCGGGC